AGGCUCUGGCCCGCUGCUGCUGGCACAAUGCCAAGGGCCAUCCCGCACGCCUGGCCUCGCUGCGAACAAAGCACCGCUGGCUCUCCAAACCCGGGGCCGUCCCUGCACCCUCAUCUCGCCAACCCGCCCAGAGAAACGCAUGCGCUCUUCUAAUCCACACGCUGGGCAUUCCGACCAGCCGACACCGUCGUCGUCGGCGUCGUCAUCGUCGGCUCAGCCGUCGUUGGUGCCAUUGGUUCCGUUCUGGAGGCGACCGGCGGGCCGCACCGAUGGACCUGAUGCUGCUGGCGGCCCUGCCUCAACCAUCCGGACCCUCGGUCGCAACAUCCAUAGCCUCGCCACUCUGUUGGUGCCUCUUUCGUCGCCGUCGCCGCUAUCGGCAGCCUCGCCCCGGCCGGAAGAGCGGCCCUCCUAUCCGACAUAUAUCAACUACGAAUCACUUGCGGAGAUCCUGAAGGCCGACCGCGGUCUAUUUCCCUUGGUUGUGGACUUGGGGCUGCUGGAGCGUGAGCAAAAGCUGCUCACACAGGGCCCCCUCCGGAUCGUCCACGAAGGCCGGGUGUCGGCGUAUGUGUACGGCGUCCUGACAUCAACAGCACUGCUGUUUCUGAAGGAACAGAGCGGCAAGCUGACCCUGUAUACCAAGCCCAUUCCACUGAGUCUGAUCGAGCUGUGCAGCUCAUACAACACGACCUAUGGGCAGAACUCGAGCCAGCAAGUGGUCGAAACCAUCGGGUGCGAUUUCAUCAUCAAGACCGUCGACCACUUUCUCCCAAACCACGGGCAGCUGCGGCUUAUAUCAGAGAGCGCCUCGCAUUGGCCCGUCGAUAUCCGGACACAACUGGUGUAUCUGAGCCACGCCGAAUCGGCUGUUCCAAGCGCCUUUCGGCUUAAAAACUUCCUCCAAGUUGCCCCAGAUUUGGCCGAGUCGAUUUUGUUUGUUUCCAAGAUCGACCAACGUCUGUUGGUGUGCACGCCGAGCGGUGUCUUCUUUGAACACCUGGCAAGUGCGGACAUGUCCAAGUCCGACCCAGGCCGGCGGGCGACCUUCCCAUACGACUUUAUGUGUAUCGUCGACAAGUCGGCCGGGGCCAUCAUCAAUGUCGAGGUGGUUUUCACUCCACAAGGAACAAUGCUACUAAUCCAGCACGACAUGAUCGUGUACUUAUAUUCGGUACCAGACGAACUGAUGCGCUCGUCAGAAGUCGUGCCGCCUCAGCUCCCUCAAAUCAAGGUUAACUCGGACGUGGUUCACUUCACAGCCGGCCUCUGUGACGGACGUAACCUGGUUGCUCUGGUCAAGGACCCACUCCGGUCGAUUCCUAUCGACCAUUCGAUUCGCAUCUGGGAGAUUACCGCAGAAGGAGUUGAAGGAGUCGAAAGCUGCUUCUUCCCGGCCGAGAUCCUGUCGAUCGACUUUUUCGGCAAGUUCAUGUUUGUGGGAUGCCACAAAGGCAUUCACCUCAUCCAAAUUGAUAUGGCCAAGGGAGCGCUUGCUGCUAUGGGGCCCCUCAUAAGCGACUCCAACACCGAGCUGCAAUUUAUCACCAACCUGGAAAAGCAAACGAUAAUGGGUGUAUUUCGUCUCUCGGACGGCGACUACCUGCUGUGCUACCCCGACUACGGCGUCUUUAUCAACCGCACGCGGCAGCGGUCCCAAACCAAGAAGAUCUGGAAAAUGAGCUGGCUGACUCGCCCUAUCGCAAUGAAAUCCGUCGGCGAUGCAUUGGUUGUGUGCACGGAAGAUGUGAUUGAGAUUCGCAGUCUGGCCGACGGCUCGAUUCUGCAAAUCGUGCGAAGACCUCACAGCAUCCUGCGGUGGAUACCCGUCCGAACCGACUUUGACUUUUUCCUGGUGGACUGCCACCGGAACGACGGAAGCCGCCAGCUCUGCCAGAUCGACUGUCGAGCAUAAGGGAGUGGCUCGAUGCUCGCCCAUGGCGGCGAGGAGUUGCGUGCCGCUGCGAGCGAGCGGUGCAGGGGGUCUGGACUUGGUUGGACUUGGUUGGGCUCGAUUAUAACGAAUGAAUUGCGACGUGCCUCUCGCGGCGCACUGCUGCACGGUGUUCUCCCGACAGCACCGCCAACAAUCGAUACCAUUGCCUGCCGCCGA